AUGGUGACCGACUACCCCAGCCCUGCCAUCAGCAGUAAGAAAACCCCAGUAACCGUAUGGGUGUUCUUCGCCCUGGCAGCUCUCGACAUCGCCGUAAACGCAGCUGCAGGACCAGCAGCAGUAGCGACGGCCGUCCACGUCAGCGGCGAUAAACUGACAGCGCGAUCUUUGCAACUCGGCGCCCUCGCAGGAGUCACAAAGGCCGGGGUUCUGGCUUUUGUGGAAUUCGUCUCUUACACGGGUAUACCUGCCCCGGCGUGGUUGGUUCUCAUAUUGUUUGCCAGUAGUUUUGGCAUUUGCGUCUUGGUGACGGCGGAGAUUAGUAAUUUGGUUCUUGGAGAGACACCCAGCGCCCUGCUAAUAGCCGCUAUCGUGGCUGCAAUCCCAUUAGGAGGGGAAUGUAUCGGGAUAUACCAAUUCCAUCGCCGCAGCACCCGGAUUACUACUGACCAAAGUCUUCACGUUCUAGCGGCCGGUGGUCUAUCCGGCGGCAAUGGAGGCGUUCAGAUAUUCGUCAUGGGCCUCGACGCCCUCGGAGGAUACGUCUUUGCUCGAAUGGCGCAUAACGAGGGGUACGAUAUCUGCGCGUACAAUGUCGCGGCUGCGGCUGGGGCUGUCUACGGUGCAAUCACGGGAAUCUUUCAUACGGGGAUUGGAUGUAUGGCGGGGGCUCAGUCUACGAUCAGCGUUAACGGGCAUUACGAGACGACGAAUAUAUUCGGUACGAGGAAGGGGUAUGAUGAGAAUUGGCGGACAAAUGCGGGGUUAAUCUGA